GUUUGGCUGAAGAUGCUUUAAAAAAGACCACAAAGACAAAAACAGCUGCAAAGAAUUCCAGUAACAAGAGAAAGAAGAUGUCUACUCAAGGCAAGAAACAAAGUGUCUUUCAAGGCAAGAAAGUUUCCUGUGUUUUAGAUGAAAUUAAAUCAAAGAUACAGAAGAAAGAUGACACAAAAACAUCACUGAAAUUCCUAAAGAGAAUUGACAGCACGUGUUCCUCCUCGUACCUCAAGCAAGUUCAAAAGCUCCAUGCAAAAGCACUUGAACAAAAGCAUAGCAAGGCUGAAGCUAAGGAGGAAAGCAAAUCCGUGUUCACUGAAGCCGACUUCAAGAAACUCAAGAGCCAUCACUUCAAGACUCCUCGGCACCAUGCCUUCAAUAGGAAAAGAUCUAACUUGUGAUCUUAUUGUAUUUAUACUUAUAUUAUAUGAUUACUUAUCUUG